CCGAUUGUUCGGUUCUUCAAUCCUGUAGCGGCUACGUCUUUGUUUCUUUGUGCAUUUGCAGCGGAUAGUGCUGGUGGUGGAGCUCGCAGGGGCGGUCAUGGAGGAGCUGGGAAACUCGCAGGGCCUCCUCACCGACGCCGUAGGUGGCCAGUGCCGCGAGUUCAUGCUCUCUAUGAAGGAAAUCCAAACAACAUUGCGCGAGGAAAUAAAAAGUGCUUACGGAUAUCGUCCAUUUGAGAAGUGUGACUACAGUGCAAGGACUGCUAACGAGAUUUGUUGCAAGAAGCUGGAGUAUGUAAAUGAGAAGAUGGAUGCCAUGCAACUGAGCAUCGAGCAAAGCACUAAUGAAGUUUAGCUAUGAAUUGGAAAUCUAAUACACUAAUGCCUGCUGCUUAAGACGUGAAUUGGCGAGUGCCAAGGCAGCAUGUGGCUUCCUGACUCCAAUUUCGUAUGUUCCAUUCUUGCUAUAUCUACCAGACGUGUUCCUUGUUUAAUCUUACUUUCAUUUAGUGAUUUAGAUGACCAUAACGUAUUAU